AUGUACUGUCAAAAAUGCCGUGCUCCUUUAAAGCUAGAGAGCUCUUUGGAGGAUCUGAAUCCAGCAGCCUUUGACCUCUUAGUUGGAGCAUCGUCUCAGCAGCAACCCAAGAACAUCCCUUCCCCGCGACCGCCCUAUCCCCAAGAAAGAAAACAGCUCUACGACCGAGUAUCCAAGAAUCCAGGUUCCCCAACCUUCAAACGGCAUAUCACGCCGCCGCGUCGAAAUGAUACCGCAUCGGCAGAUCUAUUGAGUAAUCGCGGACCUGGGAAUCCUGCCAUGUCAUUUGUGAUGCUCACUGAAUCACAAGUGGUACCUCCAUCCGUCAUCAAGUCACCAGAGGAUACAACCCCGAAGAAUAAAAGACAGGAUGAAGUCCCGAGAGCAGAUGGAGGAGAUGAUGAAGGAAAAGCUUUGUCUCAGGAUAUGGAGAGAAUAUCUAGGCUUUUCGAAAUACUGUCGGCGCGAUCCGACAUCGAUCACCCAAUAUGUGUGGAAUGCACGGAGAUGUUAGUAGAGGGGUUACAAAAGCGCCUAGAAACUGCUACGAAGGAGCGAGAUGCGUAUGUCGGAUUUAUGAAACAAGUAAAUGCGGGUAUUCCUACAGAAGAAGAGGUGAAAGAGUCUCAAGAGCAGCUAGCCCAGGCACGAGCAGACGAGGCAGCAGCUAUUGAGGAGUUAAAGAAACUUGAAAAGGAAAAAGCUGGAGUGGACGAAGAGAUUGCCGAGCUGGACGAGGAAGCACGAGCGCUAGACAUUGAAGAAGAAAAAUUCUGGAGCGAGCGCAACGCCUUCGCUCUGAAGCUCGCGGAGUUCCAAAACGUCCGGGACAGCGUGAACCAGCAAUACGAUCACGAUACCCAACUCCUAGAAAAGCUUCAACGAACAAACGUCUAUAAUGAUACCUUCUGCAUCAGCCACGACGGUCGUUUCGGGACUAUCAACGGGUUACGUCUAGGACGAUUAUCAAACGUGCCCGUCGACUGGCCCGAGAUCAACGCAGCAUGGGGCCACACCCUCCUACUCCUCGCAACAGUAGCAGAUAAACUAGGCUACAAAUUCGACGGCUACGAGCUGCAACCAAUGGGCUCCACAUCCCGCAUAAUCCGAUACGAAUAUCCCUCACCCAGCGCCUCUAAAAUCGGUUCCCAACGCAUUUCCCGUCCCCCGAAGAAAUCUAUCCUAGAUCUUUACUCCUCGGGCGACAUGCCUCUAGGCCUAACAUUCAUGCACCGGCGCUUCGACACCGCCAUGGAAGCAUUCCUCGAAUGCAUGCGCCAACUGGGCGCUUUUGUGGAGAGGGAAUCGGCCAAGAGCUCGGGGGAUGGGAGGGCGCUGAGUCUGCCGUAUAGAAUUGAGGGGGAGAAGAUUGGGGAUGUGAGCAUUAAGCUGGGUAUUGCGCAGGAUGAUGCGUGGAGUCGGGCGUGUAAGUUUACGCUUACUUGUUGUAAGUUUUUAUUGGCGCAUGCAUCGAAUAUUAAUGCUCCUAAUGGGAGACGAGCUCCUUGA